UGUGUUCCUGAGUGUGUGCGUGCGUGUGUGUGUGUGUGUGUGUGUGUGUUGUGUCCGCUCCCCCUCGCUCCGUUUGGGAAGAAGAAAAUAAAGGUCUCGCUGCUACCCAGGCUAGUUAUGGACCCGAACCCGGAGUCCUCCUCCUGCCGCCUCUGACCGGCGCAGAGCUGCCCCCCCUGCACGCAGCGGGUCUACCACGGACCUCAGCACGGGACCGGCUCGGAUUAUCUGUUUAUUUAAAGUUAAAGACCAGAUCCAGGAGGAGCUAACAGGGCUAACGCGGCUAGCAGACAGAGCAGUGGAUGAAGUUUGCAUGGACUGACUCCUGGGACAGAGUCCUGCUGCCGGCCUGGGACCUUCACCUUCACAUGGGGGUCUGUUGUGGACUCGGUCCCCCCGGAGCUGAAAGACAGUGACUGUGCAUGCUUUGUUUUAGAGGCUCUUACAUAGUUGAUGUGGAAGCUAACAGGAUAUUAGCUCCUCUCUGAGUGCUUUGUGGAGCAGGCCAUGGACUGAUCCGCGUUCAGGUCUGACUGAGCCGCAUUCAGGUCUGAGGACUGAGGGAUGGGAGACCGGGUUUAAUGGAACCAGCAAGGGGAUCCAACCAAACACACAGAAGCAGCAUUUCAUCUGAACCUUGAUUCUCCCUCUGGGUCACUUUUUUUUUUUACUGAAGAUGUGUCGGAGUCCUGCAGCUUUUAACAAGUCCGGAUAGAGAGACUGAGAAGAAACCAGGAGGAUCAGAUCUCCCCUGUCUUUAAAGUCCUGAAGAGAAGCUGGUAUUAAAGAGGGGAACUAUGUCUACUGCUAAAGAAAACCCCUGCAGGAAAUUCCAGGCCAACUUCUUCAACAAGAGCAAAUGUCAGAACUGCUUCAAGCCCCGAGAGCUGCAUCUGCUCACGGACCAGGACCUGACCCAGGCUAAACCUAUUUAUGGCGGAUGGCUGUGUUUGGCCCCCGAGGGAACUGACUUUGACAACCCGAUGCAGAGAUCCCGGAAAUGGCAGAGGAGAUUCUUCGUGUUGUACGAACACGGCUGUCUGCGCUUCGCUCUGGAUGAGUCGCCGAGCACGCUUCCUCAGGGCACGGUGAACAUGAACCUCUGCACAGACGUCAUCGACGCUGAGCCAAAGACGGGCCAGAAGAACUCUCUGUGCAUCAUCACACCUGAGCAGGAGUACUACAUCAGGGGGGAGAACAAAGAGAUCAUCAACGGGUGGAGUGAUCAGCUGGUGGUGUACCCUCGCACUAACAAACAGAACCAGAAGAAGAAGCGUAAAGUGGAGCCCACCACCUCGCAGGAGCCGGGUCCAGCCAAGGUCCCUGUGACGGGCUCAGGUAUCCCAGAGGCGGAGAAGGUCCCAGACUCCAGCUCCAUCAUCUGGCAGGAGGAGCUGAACCAGAGGGAGGCUGAGGGGGCCGCUGUGUGGGCCGCUGCAGACUUGCCUCCAGGAUCACCGCUGCCCCCUGCAGGUGACGGUGGCUCUGUGGCUCCGGGCUCUGAUGCUGGCUCAGUAAACGGUGAUGAGGUGGACCGGGGCAGCCUGGCGCUGCAUGGCUCCGCCCCUCAGCCUCCCAGCGACCUGCUGUCCCCGACAGGCUCCUGCUCCAGCCUAGGGGGUCUUCCUCGCUGCCUCUCUCCAGCUCCCAGCGACCCCUUCCCUUCAGGGAGCUCCAUGCUCUCCAACGGCUCACACAUCAGCGGCUCCGUCAGCUCUCUGGACUCCGACGCCAGCGGCAGCACGGUGACCAGCACCGACAGCCACCCCACCCACCAGAGGGCGGGGCACUCCUACAGCCACCACGACACGCCCAGGUCCAGGAGGCUGGAGGCCGAGGCCAGGAAGGCGGAGAAGAGGAGCAGAUACAGGAGCCCCGACAGGCAGGAGAGGGAGGCUGUCAUCAGCCCCGAGAGGAGUCGCUCCGGCGUGAUUGAGAAGUUGGAGGCGUUGGAGCUGGAGAAUCAGGAGAAGAUGGAGGUGGAAGAGUCGGGGAGCAGUGGAGUGAGACAGGGACGGAGCGAGCAACGACGCUUCCAGAGAGAGGAUCAGAGGCGUGACGUGGAUCAGGGUCUGGAUUUCCCCUCCACUCUGCCCCCUCUAAGGAGAGCCAAGUCCCUGGACAGGAGGACCACGGACUCUGUCAUGACGCCGGAUUUACUGAACUUCAAGAAAGGCUGGAUGGUGAAGCUGGACGAGCAAGGACAGUGGAAGAAGUUCUGGUUUGUUCUGACCGAUCACAGCCUGAGAUACUACAAGGACUCCAUCGCAGAGGAGGCCUCAGAUUUGGAUGGAGAGAUCGAUCUGUCCAGCUGUUACAGCGUCACAGAGUAUCAGGCUCAGCGUAACUACGGCUUCCAGAUUCAUACUCAGGAGGGAGUUCACACCCUGUCGGCCAUGACAGCAGGGAUCCGCAGGAACUGGAUCCAGGCAGUGAUGAAGAACGUCAGACCCUCCACUGCCCCCGAUGUGGCCAGCUCCACAGAGGACCACGGCUCCUUCUCCCCUCUGGAGGGUCUGGUUCGGCCAGACAUCACCCAGGACUCUCCCUCCUCCGAGGCCUCGUCUGUGGACAGAGAACCCGCUCUGGGGGUCCCAAAGAGCCGGGCGAGAGAACGCAGGAGAGAGGGCCGCUCAAAGACGUUCGACUGGGCGGAGUUCAGGCCCAUCGCUCAGGCUCUGGCUCAGCAGAGAGCUCAGGAGGCGGAGAGCCUGCAGGCGGAGCUGGGAGAGCUGGAGAGGAGCCGCAGGAGGGAGGAGAGGAGGAAGAGGUACGAGACUGUGACCGGCUCCACGGCAGAGAACUCAUCUGUCAGAGAUGGAGGGAGGACGGAGGUGGAUUCUUUAGAGAGGCAGCAGAGGGUGGAGGAGGUGAUCGAACAACACUGGCAGCAGGUGGAGAAGACGCCGAUACGGGAUGAGAGGAGGGUCGCUCUACCCGGCUCUGGACAGAGCAGGGAGUCUGGAGACCUGGAGCAGCUGCUGGAGAACUACAAACAAGGGAUGGAGGAGCUGAAGGCUCAGCUGGAGAGCUGUCACCAGCAGCUGCUCGACUCCAACAAACACAAGCAGGACCUGGAGCUGCAGCUGAGGAUGGCUCUGGAGAGAGAGCAGGACAUGCGGACGGGGUACAUCUCUCCGCUGGAGCCCCCUUUGGGUCUGGAGGCCGACGUGACGCCUCAGACGAAGAGGCCUGAACUGGUUAGUCCUCAAGCACAGAGUUUAACAAAGAAGUACCAGGAGACCAAAGAGCUCCUGAAGCUGCAAGAGCUGAAAAAACGCAAUAUGCAGGCACAGCUUGGCCUCUCGCUUUCUCACCUCCCCAUCAAGGAGCCUUACUUUUCUGAAACACCCAUUCUGGAGGGUCCCCCCCCUCAGCCAGUCCAAAAGACUGUCAGCUUCUCGCUCUCAGACAGCUCAGAGGCAAUCCAAGAACUAGAGGACCUGAUAUCUGAGGACCCUGUGACUCUGAAGGAGCUGAUGAAGCUGCUGAGGUCUCAUAGCUGCAACAGAGACUCGGCAGAGAAACACCAGCUGCAGAAGCUCCUGGAGACAUGGAAGUACCAGCAGGAGAUGGAAAACGAAACCUUAAAGAAGAGUUUAGCCAGGGCCGGAGAGAGUGUCCGGGAUUACGAAGCCCGUCUUCUAACCAUGGAGGACUUGGUGGAAAAGGUUCAGAAGCAAAACCUGAAAAGCCCGUACGGCCCGCUAUCCGGGAUCGAAAACCAUCCGGACACCAACGACAUGACGGUGGGCAUGCUGUCUCAGAGGCUGGAACUGUUAACCAGUGAGAACGGGGCUCUGAAGCAGCGAUGCCAGGAGAUCGUGAACCAGCUGACAGAGGCCGACAGAGAGAUCGACAGACUGAAGGCAGAGCUGAUCAGCCAGCAGGGAGGCAAACAGCAUCAUCUGGUCCUGGAGGAGCUGAAGAGACUGAAGGCUGAGCUGGAAGAAAACCAGGCCACCGCCAUCGACAGGGAGUACUACGAGAGGGAGCUGAACGAGAAGUCUCUGAGGCUCCACGAAGCUCUGGUCACACUGGAGGAGCUCGGAAACACCCUGAAAGACACGGAGAAGAAGCUGCAGCUGAGAGAGGCCACGCUGAAAGGUCUGGGCUUCCACGCUGAUUAUGAAGACGAAGAAGUCCAACCAGAGAACCAGCAACUCAAAGGACUGCUAGACGCCUCACGGGCAAAGUUAUCUGAGACGAAGGCAAACCUUCAGUCUAAAGAGCAGCAGUGUUUGGAUCUUGAAGCCAGGAACAGAGAACUGAUCACGUUAAACCAGGAGCAUGAGAGAGUGAACGCAGAGAAGCUAAGAGAGGCAGAAAAGGAAAUAAGAAUGCUGCGAGAGAAGUUAGAGAUGAAGUCAGGCGAGGUCAAAGAGACGGGUGGUGAGGCGAGAGAGACGCAGGUCGACGAUAAAGAGCCGAUAAAGCAAGUAGUAGAAGAGAUGGAGAUGAGGUGUGAGGCGAUUAGUCAGGUUUUAGACAUGUUAGCAAAGGUAGACGUUAAUGUAGAGAGAAUGAUCAGUGAUUUAAGAAGCACUUUAUUCAGAUCUGAUUCAGAGACGCUCUCUCUGGACCCUAAAGUCAUGAGGAUGGUGAUGGAGGGAGAGUUCUGGAGUCAGCUGAUGGGAACAUCCAAAACUAACCAGGAGGAAGACGGACACAGCUCAGAGAGAAGAGCUGCAGAGCAGAAGAUGGCACAGAAUCGGUUCAUGCUUUUCUUCAGGAAGACCGGUCCUCAAGAAGAGAGAGAGGUGGUAACGGAGGAAGGUUUUGCCUCCAUGUAUGGAUGGAUGGACAACGACACCGGCACUCUGAUUCUUAAAGAGCUAACAGAGACACUGGAGGCGAAGUUAUGUGAUCUGAAACAGAUCGUGUCAAAUAUCAAGAUGGAGAACGAUGAAAGUCUUCUGUCUUUGGCUCGAGCAAGCUUUAAAUUCCCCCAGAAACAACCUUCAGAUUAUCUGCAUGACGCCCUGAAAGAAGCCUGCACGUCUUAUGUGAACACCAGACUGAAGGUCCAACAUGAUACGGAGCUGAAGCAGACUGAAGUCCAGACUGGAGGCUUAGACUGUCCAAACUGUCCCAAACUGAGAGAAGCUGCAAGAAACCUUGAGUCCACUCUGGCAGAUCUCCAGAGUCAGGUCUCUGAGAUGUCUUUGAAAACAACUGCCACUCCACAGACGCCGACCCAGACUGGAGGAGGACCCGCUGAAUGCACUGAAGUUCAGGACUUGGUAGCGAAGCACAGGAAAGAGAUACGAGAAGUGAAAGACGGCUACGAGCUGGAAGCUGAGAAGCUGAUGGGAGAGAUCUCGACAGCCAACGAGGCGCUGCGACUCCGCUCUGAAGAAAAGAUGAGAGAGAUGGAGUCUCUGACGAGCUGCAUGGAGACCCUGAAGGAGAAACACCAGCUGGAGAGGACGGAACUCACAGAGAGGUUCGACCGGGAAAUGGAAGAGCUGAGGAGCAUGAUGACUCCGGCAAACCAGACCAACAACCCACCCGAGGACCAGCUCUGUCACACCGCCAGUCUUAAGGGGCGCAUCCAGGAGCUGCUGACCCAGGUGUCAGAGAUGACCCAGGAGAUGAGACGACGCGAAGAGCAGGGAGACGUUACGACGCUGCGGCAGAAAUACGAGAAAGACCUGGACAACCUGAAGGCCACCUGUGAGCGCGGCUUCGCAGCCAUGGAGGAUUCCCAUCAGAAGGUGAUCGAGGAGCUGCAGAGGAAGCACCAGAGAGAGCUGGAGAACCUGCAGGAGGAGAAGGAGAGGCUGCUGGCAGAGGAGACCGCAGCAACGAUCGCCGCAAUUGAAGCGAUGAAGAACGCACACCGCAGCGAGCUGGAGAAGGAGCUGGACAGAGCUCGCAAAGCGAACAACAACACAGAAAACGCAGACAUUGAGGAGAUCCGCAGACAGCACGAGGAGGAGUUGUGUUCCUUCCAGCGGGAGAUCGAGGUCUUGUCGGAGCAGUACUCUCAGAAGUGUCUGGAGAACGCUCACCUGGCUCAGGCUCUGGAGGCUGAGCGUCAGGCCCUCAGGCAGUGUCAGAGAGAGAACCAGGAGCUCAACGCACACAACCAGGAGCUGAAUAAUCGACUGGCUGCAGAGAUCACUAAGAUGCGUUCAAUGACGUCUGAGGACGGAGGAGACACGACGAUACAGGGCAAAGAGCUGUACGAGUUAGAGGUGAUGCUGCGAGUGAAGGAGUCAGAGGUCCAGUACCUGAAGCAGGAGAUCAACUCCCUGAAAGACGAGCUCCAAGCCGCCCAAAGAGACAAGAAGUAUGCCACAGACAAGUACAAGGACAUCUACACAGAGCUGAGCAUAGUGAAGGCCAAAGCAGAGCGGGACCUGGGCCGGCUCAGAGACCAGCUGCAGCUCGCUCACGAGGCGCUUGGCGAGCCCACGCUGGAGGAGGUGGAGCGAGGAGGAUACGACAUCAUGAAGUCCAAAAGUAACCCUGACAUCCUAAAGAUGGCGGCUGCUGCAGCCAAACGCUCUGAGCGCACCAUGAGGUCAAAGUCUGUGAGUCCAGACAUGCCCUGGGACAGUUAGGGCUGCUGACCACCCGUAGGCCCCUCCCCCUCCUCCUUUAGAGUCUGAAGGAGGGGCUGACGGCCGAGCAGAGACUCCACCUGUUCGACAACAAAGACACCAAGGAGUUCUGACAGCGACGCUUCAUGUCUGCCUGCAUGUUACAAGCCCACCCUAUAUUUUAGCUCUGAUUACUAAUUUAGAAACACUACACACUGGUCACAAACACAGAUCAUAUAUUAUUAUUAAACAUGGUAUGAAGUUUGAAUUUCAUGUCUAGAUUUUGCAUUCCAUGCACUUCGGUUAACUGUGACAUUUGUAUGUUUUGCUGCCAUGUCUUACUGUAAAUACUGUUUUUAAUGUCUGCAAACACUAAACUCUGACUGUGGAAGCUACUGUUUUAACUCCGACUGUCGCUGCCAAAGCACCAACCUGAGGAUUCAGCUCUGCUACAUGCUGACAGCUCCAAGAGCGCUCAGGUGUGCACGAUGACGCUCUGACGCUGCUUCAUAACUCCACCUGACCAGCUCGUCUUCAUCCCAAUAAACCAACAAGCUCGUCUUCAUCCCAAUAUACCAACAAGCUCGUCUUUAUCCCAAUAAACCAACAAGCUCGUCUUCAUCCCAAUAAACCAACAAGCUCGUCUUCAUCCCAAUAAACCAACAAGCUUGUCUUCAUCCCAAUAAACCAACAAGCUCGUCUUCAUCCCAAUAAACCAACAAGCUCGUCUUCAUCCCAAUAAACCAACCAGCUCGUCUUCAUCCCAAUAAACCAACAAGCUCGUCUUCAUCCCAAUAAACCAACAAGCUCGUCUUCAUCCCAAUAAACCAACAAGCUUGUCUUCAUCUGAAAAAAUCCAACAAGCUCAUCCUCAUCCCAAUAAACCAACAAGCUCGUCUUCAUCCCAAUAAACCAACAAGCUCGUCUUCAUCCCAAUAAACCAACAAGCUCGUCUUCAUCCCAAUAAACCAACAAGCUCGUCUUCAUCCCAAUAAACCAACAAGCUUGUCUUCAUCUGAAAAAAUCCAACAAGCUCAUCCUCAUCCCAAUAAACCAACCAGCUCGUCUUCAUCCCAAUAAACCAACAAGCUCGUCUUCAUCCCAAUAAACCAACAAGCUCGUCUUCAUCCCAAUAAACCAACAAGCUCGUCUUCAUCCCAAUUAACCAACAAGCUUGUCUUCAUCUGAAAAAAUCCAACAAGCUCGUCUUCAUCCCAAUAAACCAACCAGCUCGUCUUAUCCCAAUAAACCAACCAGCUCGUCUUAUCCCAAUUAACUAACCAGCUCGUCUUCAUCCGAAAUACACGUCCAAGCUCAUCUUCAUCCGAAUAAUCCAACAAGCUCGCCUUUAUCCGAAAUAUAGUUCGAGCUCGUCGUCAUCCGAAUAAUCCAACGAGUUCGUCUUCAUCCCAAUAAACCAACCAGCUCAUCUUUAUCCGAAUAAUCCAAAAAGCUCAUCUUCUUCCGAAUAAUCCAACGAGCUCGUCUUCAUCUGAAUAAUCCAACGAGCUCAUCUUCAUCUGAAUAAUCCAAUGAGCUCGUCUUCAUCUGAAUAAUCCAACAAGCUUGUCUUCAUCUGAAUAAUCCAACGAGUUCGUCUUCAUCUGAAUAAUCCAACGAGCUCGUCUUCAUCUGAAUAAUCCAACGAGCUCGUCUUCAUCUGAAUAAUCCAAUGAGCUCGUCUUCAUCUGAAUAAUCCAACGAGUUCGUCUUCAUCUGAAUAAUCCAACAAGCUCGUCUUCAUCUGAAUAAUCCAACGAGUUCGUCUUCAUCUGAAUAAUCCAACAAGCUUGUCUUCAUCUGAAUAAUCCAACGAGUUCGUCUUCAUCUGAAUAAUCCAACAAGCUUGUCUUCAUCCAAAACAAACUAUCGAGCUUGUCUUCAUCCGAAUAAUCCAACGAGCUCGUCUUUAUCCGAAUAAACCAAUGAGCUGAUCCUCAGCGGAAUAAACCAAUGAGCUGAUCCUCAGCGGAAUAAACCAAUGAGCUGAUCCUCAGCGGAAUAAACCAAUGAGCUGAUCCUCAGCGGAAUAAACCAAUGAGCUGGUCUUAUUCAAAUAAACCAACAAGCUUGUCUUCAUUUGAAUAAACCAUCGAGAUCGCCUACAUCAGAUUUAGAAAAACGGACAAAUCUUCAUCACUAAGACACUAACUAAGAGCAGGUCUUCAUCAGAGACAGCCUCCAUGAUGCUUCGGACACUAACAUGAUGAAGGUCAGGUCUGAGACGAGCUUGGACGUUUCACUGAUUCUAAUUUAAUUUUCUCUGAGCGUGUGUGUGGCGUGUUGUGUUCUGGCUGCGGUCCUGGGUCCUGGGUCCGCUGUAGAGGAGCUGUUGUUGGAGUCGGUCUUGUUUGUAGUUCAGUGGCAGUCCUUUGUAUUUAUUUGAAUGGUUGGGAUUUUUUCUUUCACAUUCCCAUUCCUCUGUACUCUAUUAUUGUAAAUAUAAAGCAAAUAUACACCAACUGACUACAAGUUUAUUAGCAAUAAAUAUUUUUGCACCCUU